UGGUAGCGCUGAAUAACCUCAUUUCCGCGUAACUAGCUCCUAUUGUGAAUUGUGACAGCUGUCAUAGAGAGUCUUCGGCUGGUGUAAGGAAGACAGUCGCGUGUAAACAAUAUCGUCGUUCGUUCGUCCUGAAACAGCCUCGACUUCGUCUUUCCUCUCGACUCACUGUAUUUUUGACGUUUCGAACGACAACACACACUGUGAAGGAUGACAAUGGGCGAUGAGAUCCCAGUUACAUCACUGGUUCUUCCCGUAAUAUUAAGACCAAUAUUAACCAAGCUCGAAAGACAAAAUGUCAUGGCAGCGCAAACUCUGCGCACAGCUCUCUCUAAAGCAGAGAGCUCCCAUCCUGGGAUUACACACGAUUUAAUUAUGGGUAUAAUACGCAGAGCAGAACUCAAUCUUGAUAUGAAUGAGAGUGUUUUACGAUUGCAAGGUGCUGCUUCUGACUAUGACGUUGUGGAAUACCGUUCAGCGCGUUCAGAAGAUGCAUUUCAAGAACUGAAUCGUAAAUCUACUUCCUUGAAAAGAAUACUUAGCAGAAUUCCUGAUGAAAUCACAGAUAGAAAAACCUUUCUUGAGACAAUCAAAGAAAUUGCAAGCGCGAUCAAGAAACUUUUAGAUGCUGUGAAUGAAGUCACUGGAUUUAUACCUGGCUCAGCUGGUAAACAAGCAUUAGAUCAACGCAAAAGAGAGUUUGUAAAAUAUAGUAAAAGGUUCAGCAAUACAUUGAAGGAGUACUUCAAAGAAGGACAAGCAAAUGCAGUAUUUGUGAGUGCACUAUAUCUGAUACACCAAACAAAUAUGAUUAUGCUUACAGUAAAAGAUAAAUGUGAGUAAAUCACAAUUUUGCAAUAAAUUCCCAGUGUGGAAUGUGAUAAUA